UUGCUGCUUGCGUCGCUUGUGGAUGACGUCGCCGUAUUUCACGUGUGGGUCGCCUGCUGCCUCAACGAUUAGCUUGUUUAUAAUCUGAAUUUAUUGAUACUGUACAUAUCGACGCACACUCAGAGGAAACAUGGCCUCCAGCUGUCGACGACCCGAGCACUCAGCUCCUCCAGAUGUGUUCUAUAAUGAAGAGGAAGCAAAGAAAUACUCUCAGAACUCUCGAAUGAUUGAGAUCCAGACCCAGAUGUCAGAGAGAGCUGUGGAGCUUUUAAACCUGCCAGAGGGACAGCCCUGCUUUCUACUAGAUGUCGGCUGUGGCUCUGGUCUCAGUGGAGACUAUCUGUCAGAGGAGGGACACUACUGGGUUGGAGUCGACAUCAGCACUGCAAUGCUGGAUGUUGCACUGGACAGAGAAGUAGAAGGAGACCUCUUAUUGGGGGACAUGGGACAGGGGAUGCCUUUCCGACCCGGCACCUUUGACGGCUGCAUCAGUAUCUCUGCCCUGCAGUGGCUCUGUAAUGCAGACAAAAGGUCACACAGUCCACCAAAGAGACUCUUUAGCUUCUUUAGCACUCUGUACUCAUGUCUGUCAAGAGGCUCACGUGCAGUUUUCCAGCUUUACCCUGAGAACUCGGAACAGCUGGAGCUGAUCACGACGCAGGCCAUGAGGGCAGGUUUCAGUGGAGGCAUGGUGGUGGAUUACCCCAACAGCAGCAAGGCCAAAAAGUUCUUCUUGUGUUUGUUUUCUGGAGUCGCAGGAGUCCUUCCCAAAGGAUUGGGGUCAGAAACAUCAGACAGAAAUGUUCCAAACCAGGUUCAGUUUUCAGGACAAAGAUGCCGUUUUAAAAACAUGAAGGGGAAAUCGUUGAAGAAGGGACGAGAUUGGAUCAUGGAGAAGAAGGAGAGAAGGAGAAGACAGGGGCGGGAGGUUCGAGCCGACACAAAAUACACCGGACGUCAGCGAAGACCUCAUUUCUAGCUCUGACUCAUGCAGCUGUGCCUUCAUUAGCCCUGGUCUGGAACGGCCCGCACACAGUCACCUGUGGAGAGGCUGAGUGAUUGGACUCGGUUAAUUUAUCAACUCUUCAAUUCAAGUCGAUGCCAUGCAAGUGUGAAAUGCUAUUAUAGCCAAUAGUUUUUAUAUUUCGGCGAGCGUUCCACAAUUUGUUUCUCAUAAAUGGCGAUGUGAUUGCUGCAUGUUCAGUUUGGCUGGAAGUACAUGAAUAAAUGAGUGUGCUGCCUGCUGGUGGCAGAAAACACAGUGAAGACAACACGGAGAGUUGAAUUUUUAGAAAUGACAAAAUGGCAAAUCUGCCUUCCCUGAUCAGCGGUUUAUUGUAUUAUCUACAAUAUUUUCUUAAUUAAAGCUAAGCAAAAUUGCUUUUUGGAUGUUUAGUCUUUUAAUUGGGUGAACAAGCCCUAUGUAUUAGUGAAAACUACACUUUAACAUUCUCAGUUGACAACAGCAACCGUGCUGAUGAUUUGGAAUUUUUCUAGAUUUUUUAUGGGUAAUUAUUACUGGUCAAAAAAUACAUUAAAGAUGUAAACCAUUUUA